AUGGCGAUCCCUUACUACACCUACCCGAAGCUGAAGCUGCCAGGCCCCAAGGGCGACAUCACGGUGAGCAGCUUCUUCGAGCAAGCCUACGUAAGCAGUCGCGAGCACUUUGACCUCGCUGCAACUACGGCCAACUCCACGGAGCUAACCCAGCUCCAAGCAGCCGUCGCCGAGUGUCGCCCCGACCCCGGCAAGCCGUCGCCCAGUAGCACUUUCAUCCCAACUGAGGAAACCAAGGCGAUCGCCAUUGACCCCUCCGACCCGACCAAGACUAUCUGGAUCAGUGCACAGCUCACGCCCAAAUAG